AUGGCGCGGUGGGAUGCGAUUUUAACCUUACCUGUCCAGAAUCCUCCAACCUUGGAAUUCUCCUCCACUGAUAUUGUGUGGUCCAGAGUGGAAGGCUGGAAAGAGAUGAUGGACAGGGUUGCUCUAAUUCCCUUUACCAGAGUGAAUGACUUUGUGAGAGGUGAAUCCAACCGUAAGGAGUGCCCGACUAAAUUUCAUGUCGAAGCAAGGAGAAGAAGGCCCCCUGACAUGCCUUACAAGCCAAAAGUGGACGGUAUUCUUGAGUACAUUCUGUAAGUGAACUUUUCUCGCUGAAAGUUAGUUCCAAAUGUGAUUUUUCUUCGUAUUUUAUAGGUGGUCCGUUAUCUUAUUGGAAACUUUGUCGUGGCUAAACAUCAAAUAAGACAAUAUUUUAUACAAAUAUCUAUGGAAUCAGGCUCAUAUUCAUACCUCGCUGUCGAACAAUCUCUCGGAUUCAGAUGAUCUUAUUAAUUAUUAUCUUUUGCGUAGAGCCCAGGAUUUCACUGCAGGUCUUUUGAACACCUUUUCUAGAACCUUUUUCCAACCUGAUUGAUCAAGACUGGCAAGAUAUUGGUUAUAAUUUCGGUAUACACUCUACAGAACCUGAUGUCAUGGUGAUACUAAUGCUUUCCUAAGGUACUUCCCUCGAAAAAUGCAUCAGUAAUUGAAAUAAUAUCAUACUUAUUCAGACCCUCAUCUGUGGACAAGAGAAUGUCCAUUUUUAACCUCAUUCUUUUUAUUAAAAAAAAGUUACAAUAUGACUCUAAUUUGUUUCAUUGGUAGAUAGUCAACUGCCCCAACUGCAUAGAAUAUCAACUGCUUUCACCUCAUUGCACGUGGAGGAUCACCCCAUCAAAUACCAAUCAAAUGGGUGCCCAUAUCUGAUUCUUGUCCUUAAUGGAUUAUCUCAAACAACUAUAUGAUUGAGUCCAUAUUUAGCAUUUAGAUUUGAAUUUAUUUUGCAUUUUAAUUUCUCCUAUUUAUCUGGUUGUUAUCGUGUUUGGGUUCAACCAGUAAGAAAAAUUAAGCCUCGUAGCAUAUUGAUAUUUGAAGACCCACUCGUUAGCCACAUGGAUUUCGUUUUGUGUGACCCUUCAACCUCUUCCCUCUGGUCAAACCCUUUUAUUUCCAGUAAAGGAUUGGAUUCUGACUAACAUAUUGAAAAAACUGUGGUACAUCGAUAAAGAUAACGGAUAAGGUCUUUCAUUGCCGGUGCUGACAGAAUGUCAUUUUGUUGCUUUCUUACUGAUGGGCUGUAACUAAAGUUCACGUGAUCUACGUGGUACUAAGUUUUAUAUUCAUUUAAUUAUCCUGGCUUUCAACAUAGGUACUGGUGUUCCUUUGGGCCAGAUGACCACCGAAAGGGUGGUGUUGUCCGCCCAAGUAGGAAUUAUAGUGCAAAGAGGAAGACACCUGCUGGCCGACCAAAUACUAAGAGGGGUUGCACGUGUCAUUUCAUUGUAAAGAGGCUGAUAGCUGAGCCUACGGUUGCUUUGAUCAUAUAUAAUCAUGAGAAGCACAUAGACAAGCAAGGUUCGCCCUGCCAUGGUCCCCUGGAUACAAAAGCUGUUGGGACACGUGCUAUGUUUGCUCCAUAUAUCUCAGAAGAGCUUCGUCUGCAAGUCAUGUCCUUACUCUAUGUGGGAGUUCCCGUUGAAACCAUAAUGCAGCGGCACACUGAAACGGUGGACAAGCAAGGGGGUCCACGUAAUCGAGAUGACCUCCUCACCCAUAGAUAUGUCAGGAGAUUGGAGAGGAAGAUCCGGCGUUCUACGUAUGAGCUGGAUGUAGAUGAUGCAGUUAGUCUUGACAUGUGGAUAGAAACCCACCAGGCUCACGUUUUCUUUUAUGAGGAUUACUCUGAUUCAGAGCCCUUUGUUUUGGGCAUCCAGACAGAAUGGCAAUUGCAACAGAUGAUCCGAUUUGGAAAUCGUAACCUUGUGGCUUCUGAUUCGAGUUUCGGAACGAAUAAAUUGAAGGUUUGUUUCACUAGAACCUUAUUUAUCACAUGAUAAAUGCCAUUCAUCACGAUGGUGCAUAUUGCUGUAUACCUGAUGCCUAACUUGUUUCCAUUCUGUGCUGCUGCCCAGUAUCCUAUUCACAGUCUCCUUGUAUUCGACUCGAACAACAGUGCAAUACCAAUUGCCUGGAUCAUAACACCAAGGUUUGCCUGUCGUGAGUCUCAUAGAUGGCUGAGGUCACUCUAUGAUAGAGUCCAUUCCAAAGAUCCCAACUGGAAAUUGGGCGGGUUUAUAAUCGACGAUCCUUUGGCUGAUGUUCAUACCAUUAGGUUUGCCACUGAGCAAUCUUCUCUCUUUGGUUUUUUCCAUUUGGUCGCCCACAGCUGACCCUCUGUUUCCCACGGCAUUCCUUAGGGAGGUUUUCCAGUGUUCUGUACUGUUCUGCCAUUGGCGCAUGCGCCGUGCUUGGCAAAAGAACAUCAUGGAGAGAUGCUUGGAUGAAGAGAUGCGUGCUGAGAUCUUCAGACAGCUGGGGAAUGUGGUGUCCAGCAUUUGCAGGGGAGGUGGUGACGUUGACUUAUUUGAGGGAUUCCUGGAGGAUUUUGUGGACUCCCUUGGCUUCCUGGACUACUUCAAGGGAACCUGGUUUCCCAGACUUGGUUGGCUUCUACUAUCCAUAUCCCUCCUGAAAUCAACAUUUUCUAUUUUUUUAGCUAAUUAAAUGCGUUCCACGUUUUUAAUUUUUCCCCCCCAGUCCCAUGGGCUGCUGCCUUGAAGACCCUUCCAGUUGCCACGACGGAGACUUGUGCAGCGAUUGAGUGCUACCAUCACCAGCUUAAGCUUAGGUUGCUUAAUGAGAAGGAUCCGAGUGUGUAUCAACGUGCAGAUUGGUUGGUUGACAAAUUAGGCACCAAAGUCCACUCUUACUACUGGCUUGAUGAAUUCACUGGGAAGGCCAGCUUCGCCCGUUACUGGAAGGAUGAAUGGAAGAGCGAUCUAACACCAUGGCAGCAGGCGUUACAGAUCCCCGACUCCAAUGUCACUACGGACGGACCGUGUGUGAGGGUGAAGUGCCAGAUAGACCAGCACAUAGCAUAUACUGUUUGGAAUGCUGGCUCCGAGUUUGCCCUGUGCGACUGCAGCUGGUCAAGGAUCGGAAACCUGUGCAAGCAUGUGAUCAAGGCUGGUACUUUGCUUCGUGGGCGAGGACUGGCUGCUCCAUCCACUAGUCUGGUCAAAUAUAAUCAGAUUCUGAGCAGCAUUCUCAACUGCCCCCCCCACGAUUCUCUGAUUCGCGACCAUGCUGUCGCUUUGGCUACACACGUGAAGAUGCAAUUGAAUGCACUGUAUGAUCCGGAAGGUCGAGGUGCUGUGCCAUCAGUGUCUACUCAUGAGGAUCAUCCUGGCCAGCGCCCACCUGCCUCUGUGGAGAUGGAUGUUGCUGAUCGGCAGCCUCCACCGGCCUCCCCUCUAGAACAACCUUUCAAAGAUGGCAGUGACAGUUUACGAGAUGGAAACCCAUGCUUAGAUACAAAUAGCUCUACAGAUUCGGUGAUGGGGAAGAACUCCCAGGAAAACCUCAAUGCCGCUUGUGGAGCUCCUGCAAAUCCCAGUGGAUCUACUGAUGGAGUGCGGGAGGGUGAACUAGAUUCAGUCCAUCUCCAGCCAGCCGGUUCCAAGUCUGCCUCCAAUGGUGCUGCCCAUGUGUCUGAGCCUCAGAUUUCUAAGAUUCUCGAUGAUGGUAACAAGUUUUCUGAUGUUAGAGGACUUGCUUCUGAUCCCAUGGAUGAUGACAGCACUGAAAAGGAUUUUGAGGCAUGUUGUGCGACUGCAAAUCAACCUGAAAAUAGCAAGAAUUCCUCUGAAAAUAUAGUCAUCAAACGUCAAAGCUCGGAUCUCAUGAUGAAUGGUGUGUUGACUAAAAAUGGAGUGCUUAAAGCUGACAUUAAAAGACCAGACCAAGGUCGUCCCUCUAAAAGAGCUUUAGUUGGCCAGGCGACUCACGACUGUAUCACCGAUGAUGCAGUGGCCAAUGGUCACUUGAUCUCGAACAGUACUCCGGAUAUCGAAAACAUGGCUGUGGACCCUCCUGAGGAACUCAGUACAAGCACCAUGCUACCCGCGGCAACUGGACAAAGAACUGAGCUUGAUACCACUGAGGAAGCUGGUAAAGAUGCAGGCGUUGUCAUGGAUGUGGAGAUUUCGCCAUCUGCUGAACCUGCCACCAAGUGA